AUGGAGGCAGCGGUCGGGAGCGGGUCUGAGGCGGCGGCAGCCAGGCUGGAGGGGGCGGAGGAAGAGGAGGGGACGGCAGCCGCGGCGGAGGAUGAGGAGGACGGGAAGGAAGACGACAGCGGGACUGCCACGGUGGUGGGUGCGACGGCAGCAGCUGGCAAUGAGGCCGGCGGCGGCGAGAGCGAGGAGGAGGAAGAAGGGGACGUGUUCGAGGUGGAGAAGAUCCUCGACGUGAAGACCGAGGGGGGUAAAAUUCUCUAUAAAGUACGCUGGAAAGGAUAUACUUCUGAUGAUGAUACCUGGGAACCAGAGGUUCAUUUGGAAGACUGCAAAGAAGUGCUGCUUGAAUUCAGGAAUAAAAUUGUUGACAAUAAGCCCAAAAUAGUUAAAAAAGAGACACAGAAACUGUCUCUAAACGAUGAUAUAUUUGAAGCAGAAUCUGACAGUGACUGGCAAAGUGAAACGAAAGAUGAUGUUUCACCAAAGAAGAAGAAAAAGAAGACAAAAGAUCGAGAGGAUGGAAGUCCAGAUGGUUUGAAGAAGAAGCAGCCUAAGUCUGCAAAACUCAAAGAAAAACCAACAGAAUAUGAAAAUUCCUCAGACACUUUGGUUUUAGAUUCCAAACCAAAGAAAAGGACUUCAGAAACCAAGGAGGAUUCAAAGGACCCAAAGAAGCAACGGAAGGAAGAUACUAAAGAAGUUAGGAAAAAGAAAGGAGAACUUAAAGAUGUAAAAAUAAAAUCUAGAGAAGAUUCUAAAGAAAACAAAAAAUCACGAAAGGAGAAGCAUGGAGAUGUUCAGUUUGACUCGGAAUUGAGUAGUUUAGAUGAUGUAUUUUUUCAAGGAACUGAAAAUGAAAAUUCAGACUUAAAUUUUGAAAAUAAAGAUGAGAAGCAAAAUGAAGAGAGACUGGAACAACAAACUGCUGAAAUAGAUUCCAUUGCUGAUGGACAUCUUGAUGGAUCAGCCAGUAAUGAAGAUGAUAGUAUGGAUAUUAAGGUUAAAAGUAAAAAGAAAAAAAUUCAGAAAGCUGAAGAUUAUAAAGAGGAAGAAAGAAAAGUGGAAACUCAGGAUGCCUAUUUAGAGAAGAAAAGCAUGCACAGAAAGCAAAAAGGGCAAGAAAAAGUAAAAAUAGUACCAGUGGAGUUGGAGAAAGUGUCACCUGCACCUUCACCAGUGCACAAGGGUUUGAAAUUGAGUGCUGAUGAAAGAGGGCGCAAGUCCACUGAUUCAGCUGGAGAGGAGAAAGAAAUAAAGAAAACUGAAACAAAAGAAAAAUCUCAAAGAAGAGAGUCUGAAAAUGAAGAAAAGAGCAGGAAAGAACAAAAUGCCCUAAAAAAUGGCAAGCAACAAGUCUUGAGUUUGGGUAUGGACAUGCAGUUAGAAUGGCUGACACUAGAAGACUUGCAGAAGCAUCUUGAAGGAGAACACACGAAUCAUGUGUCGACAGAACCGAUAUCAAGUACUCUCUUAAGGGAUGCUGUUAAAAGUGGAGAUUAUAUGACAGUGAAGAUGGCACUUUCUUCAAAUGAGGAUUAUAAUCUGGAUCAAGAGGACUCCAGUGGAAUGACUCUAGUAAUGCUUGCUGCUGCUGGUGGGCACGAUGACCUUCUCAGAGUCCUCAUCAGGAAAGGAGCUAAAGUUAACGGUCAACAGAAAAAUGGAACAACUGCAUUGAUACACGCAGCUGAAAAGAAUUUUCUAACAACAGUAGCUAUUCUUCUGGAAGCUGGAGCAUACGUGAACACGCAGCAGAGCAAUGGUGAAACUGCUUUAAUGAAGGCUUGUAAAAGAGGGAAUUCUGAUAUAGUGCGGCUUAUGAUUGAGAGCGGAGCAGACUGUAACAUUUUGUCAAAGCAUCAGAACAGUGCCCUGCAUUUUGCUAAACAGUGCAAUAACAUCCUGGUAUACGAGCAGCUCAAGAGUCACUUGGAAACGCUCUCAAGAGUAGCAGAAGAUACCAUCAGAGAUUAUUUUGAAGCUCGUCUUGUCUUGCUGGAGCCAGUCUUUCCAAUCGCGUGUCAUCGCCUCUGUGAAGGGCCAGACUUUUCUACAGACUUUAACUAUAAUCCCCCACAGAAUGUGCCAGAAGGAUCUGGAAUUCUUCUCUUCAUUUUCCAUGCAAAUUUCCUUGGAAAAGAAGUCAUUGCUCGGCUCUGUGGACCAUGCAGUGUACAAGCUGUGGUUUUAAAUGACAAAUUCCAGCUCCCUGUAUUUUUGGACAGUCACUUUAUUUAUUCCUUCAGCCCUACUGCAGGCCUUAACAAACUUUUUAUACGGUUGGCAGAAGCUCCUGCUGCCAAGGUAAAGCUGCUAAUAGGAGCGUACAGAGUGCAGUUGCAAUGACCUCACAGCGGCAAGCGUGUUGAGUGGACUGCACUGGUUUGGAUAUACUUCUGAUCCCUCUGUUUAGAGACUGACAAAGCAGUUUGGAACUUUUGGCACCACGCUCUUGCAACAAGGUUCCCAUCUCUGUCACUUGUUGGCAGUCAUGUAGGAAGGCAUGUGUGGGAGAACAGCUGAAUAGACUGAACUUGGUGGGACAGGGUUGUCAGCAUUGUUUACUUUGUACAGAUGUAGAUGUAAGUAUUUGUGCCAAUACAUAUAAUUUGUUUAACUUGUGGAGUCCAGACUGCAUAUUUCAGCUUUUCCACAAUGUGGAAUGGUGCAUAUAAGAACUAUUUAAGGUAACUACAUGAAA